CAUUUAUAAUUUGGUCAUAGCCAUUCAAAUUCCUGUUUGUUCGGUUACUUUUGUGACUUCAAAAAUUUCAAGACAAAUUUGCAAAAACUUUUUAAUCAUGUUUAAUUAACCAAAGCCAAGUGCCCUUUUCCAUUUCUCAGAUUUUAAUUUGACCAUUAAUGGUCAAUAUUGAUUAACAUAUAGAGGGAAGUGGAAAUGGCAUAUAAGGUGGAUCAUGAAUAUGAUUAUUUAUUCAAAAUUGUUUUGAUUGGAGAUUCAGGUGUUGGAAAAUCUAACAUACUUUCUAGGUUUACUCGAAAUGAAUUUUGUUUGGAAUCUAAAUCCACCAUUGGUGUUGAAUUUGCUACAAGGACCCUUCAGGUAGAAGGCAAAACAGUGAAGGCACAAAUAUGGGACACUGCUGGUCAAGAAAGGUAUAGAGCAAUAACAAGUGCUUAUUACAGAGGAGCUGUUGGUGCACUUUUAGUGUAUGACAUAACAAAAAGGCAAACAUUUGAGAAUGUGAUGCGUUGGCUCCGCGAGCUGAGGGACCAUGCAGACUCGAAUAUUGUCAUAAUGUUGGCUGGAAACAAGUCAGAUUUGAACCAUCUCAGAUCAGUCCCCGAUCAGGAUGCUCGGGGACUGGCUGAGAAAGAAGGGCUCUCAUUCCUCGAGACAUCUGCUCUCGAGGCCUAUAACGUUGAGAAGGCAUUCCAGACAGUGUUAUUGGACAUUCAUCAAAUCACAAGCAGGAAAGCUUUGGCUGCUCAGGAAGCAGCAGCUAUUCCUGGACAAGGCACUUCUAUUGAUGUUGGAGAGUAUUCUGGUAACAAUAACAAGAGACCAUGUUGUUCUAAUUAAGUAAAAGAGGAGGGGGUAUCAGUUUUUUUGUUGUAUGAGUUUACUGGAAAAUGACCCUAUAUAGAUAUUGUAGAUUACUUAUAAAAUGUUGUAAUCUAUUAGUACAAGUGAGGAUGAGGGUUGAACAUGUACUUAUACUUUUCUUGGCUUUUCAAUACUUUGAUGAAAGAAAUAUGAUUUUGCA